UUUUUCCUCCCCCUUCGCUUCUCUUUUGAAAAGCCAAAAAUGUUGAGAAAGCCUCUUCACUUCGAAACCAUACACCAUGUCGUCACCAAGGAAGAUCAUCCUCCGGAGCUCUGACGGCGAGCCGUUUCAGGUCGACGAGGCCGUGGCUCUCGAGUCUCAGACGAUCAAACAUAUGAUUGAAGAUGACUGUGCUGAUAACGGCAUCCCGUUACCUAAUGUCACCAGCAGCAUCCUCGCUAAGGUUAUCGAGUACAGCAAGAAGCACGUGGAGUCCAGGCUCACCGAAGCUGCCAACAAUAAGAUUAACCACCAACUCAACAGUAACGCUGCUGCUGAGGAAGACCUCAAGAACUGGGACGCUGAGUUCGUGAAGGUCGACCAGGCCACUCUCUUUGACCUCAUUCUGGCUGCUAACUACCUGAACAUCAAAGGGCUGCUAGACCUUACCUGCCAGACCAUUGCACAUAUGAUCAAGGGGAAGACACCUGAAGAGAUUCGCAGGAUGUUCAACAUAAAAAAUGACUUCACCCCAGAUGAGGAGGAGGAGGUCCAUCUGGGGUGACUUAGCAUUAGCCAUCUUAUCAA